AGAGGUGAGUUGCGGACAUAAUCUGAACAGUAUCGAGUACAGGGUAGGGAAAAAGGGCUGCUAUCCUAUUCUCGUGUCGACGGUUGUAGCGCACACCUCUAGGUGAAAUUUAAAAGAUUUACACCUCAGUUGGUUUAAUGUACGUGGUGUAGAACAGCACCGAAGGUCGCUGCGUUCCGCCCUAUUGUGCUUGAUUUGCUUUCAACACUAUCAUAUCCAUCAGUACGACUGGCCUAUUCAGAAGGAGAGAACAGCAAACUGGAGCAUACUCAUCUUGUCUUCGCGAUCAAGAGAAUUUAACAGAGGCAAAUAAAUAAGGACAGAUGAUAGACAACAAGCCAGCGGAAAGGAUUACGAUAUCUUGAGCCCGAUCAGUUAUUUGAUAUUUUUUAUUUUUUACUAAAAACUGUGACUUUGGCUUCCUAAUUUUCUUUGAACACUCAAAUUUGAAUUGACAGUAUUUGUCAGUUUUGUUGUCUGUAACAAAUUCGGGGGUAUCUGUUUUUAUUUUUUUUUGGAUCUUUCACUAUUACUAGAACACUAUUGUGGGAGGGAAGGAUUUUUUUUUUCCCUUUUGGCAAACUCAAUUUGUCAAGUUAUCUUUCCGUUUAUUGUUUAAACUUCUUUGCUUAGUUUAGAGGAAGAAAUUACUUUAUAAAUGGAACUUUCCCAAAGGGGAAAUUAACUGGAAUUUGUCGAGAACAUUCUUUUGUGUGUCGGGAGUGUGUCCGUGUUCUUGAGAAUUGGGGCUUCAUUGACAAAUUUCAGUGGAAAGAACUGAGACACUCAACGCAAGAGCUCCUCUAGCCUAUAACUAAGUGACCUCCCUAAAGACCCAAGUGGGAGAACAUUACAAGGUAGUUCUUAGGAAAUGGGAUCGGAAAAAGACUCUGAAUCGCCCCACUCUUCUGUUAGUGGCAUUCCCAAUCCCAAAUGCCGUGGGCCUGGAAAGAAGCAAGGCAGGAUCUCCUUUCAAAGUCUCUUUCAUGGUAAACGUGGAUCCAGGGGGACCAAGGCUAAUGUGGGCACUCCUCUCACACAACAUCUGCACCAACAGCAACAACUCCAACCACAACAGCUUCUCCAGCCCCCAACACCCACUAAUGUUUCGUCUGACCCAUCUAAGGCAGACUUGGCAGAGCCACUGUCUGCCAGCCAGGCCUCUCUAGGUGGGCAAGAACUCCUAGAGUGUCCCCUGUGCCUGGUGCGACAACCUGUGGAGCAACUUCCUGAGCUCCAGGGUUGCAGUCACCGGUCCUGUUUGUGUUGUCUACGGCAAUACUUGAGGAUCGAGAUUACGGAGAGUCGAGUCCAGCUCAGCUGCCCAGAAUGUGCAGAGCGACUAGCCCCAUGGCAGGUGGCCGUCAUCCUGGAUGAUCCCAUCCUGAUGGAGAAGUACGAGGAGUUUCUGCUACGCCGCUGCCUGGCGUCAGACCCUGACUGCCGAUGGUGUCCCGCCCCGGAUUGUGGUUUUGCAGUAAUUGCAUCUGGAUGUGCCAGCUGCCCCAGGCUGGUGUGUCGAAGGGAAGGGUGUGGUGCAGAGUUCUGUUACCACUGCAAGCAGACUUGGCAUCCUAACCAGACCUGUGACACUGCUCGACAGCAGAGGGCACUGUCCUUCAGAACACACAGUAACCAUUCACCCAGCUACAUGGCCGAGCAGGGGCACACUGAUGACAUCAAGCCUUGCCCUCGAUGCGGUGCCUACAUCAUCAAAAUGAAUGACGGCAGCUGUAAUCACAUGACCUGUGCUGUGUGCGGCUGUGAGUUCUGCUGGCUCUGUAUGAAGGAGAUAUCAGACUUGCACUACCUCAGUCCAUCAGGUUGUACAUUUUGGGGAAAGAAGCCAUGGAGUCGCAAGAAGAAGAUUCUAUGGCAGCUGGGCACUUUGAUUGGUGCACCGGUGGGCAUCACUCUGAUUGCUGGAAUUGCAGUUCCUGCCAUGGUUAUCGGUAUCCCGGUUUACAUUGGACGCAAGAUCCACUCGCACUAUGAGGGGAAGAAAACGUCACAUCACAGAAGAAAUCUUGCCAUCACUGGGGGUGUGGCUCUGUCAAUCAUAACAGCCCCUGUUAUUGCUGCUGUCAGCGUGGGCAUUGGUGUUCCCAUCAUGUUGGCAUAUGUGUAUGGUGUUGUGCCCAUCUCUCUGUGCCGUGGUGGAGGCUGUGGGGUGAGCCGAGGUAAAGGACGAGGUGUGAGGAUAGACUUUGAUGAUGAUGAUGGACCUAUUACAGUUGCUGAUGCAUGGCGAGCACUGAAGUCUCCCAGCUUGGGUGAGAGCAGUUUGGAAGGAGGAGCCAGUGGCCUCAGUACUACCUCUCCAAGCGAGGGCCUAUCAGUUGCCCCAGGCGGCCUGGGAGACACACCCCACUUUAACACACUAGCAGGAGGAGCUCUUGGUGCUAGAACAGGAAAAUACAGCAGGCUGGAAGUGCAGGGAACAGAGCUAGGUAAGGAAGGUACUGUUAGGGAUACAGGCAGCUUGGGAGCAGCCAGUGACUGUGCCAGCACAAGGGGCAUGGCAGGAUCCAUCACUUCCUCUUACACCUUACCUGACAGAGAGGGCACUAACCUUGAGAUCCAGGUGGACAUUGAAACUAAACCUAGCCAUCUGUGUCUUACCACUGAGGAGGAUCUGGCUCCACCCACUGCCGCAAUGGCACCCCGUUCAGCGGAGCAGCCUCAGGACUGCAGUUCCCGCAGGAGCAGGGUGUUGUUGGAUUCCCCUCUAGGGCUGUCCCCCAGGGUGUCACUCAGGGAGGCUCUUCGAGAUGUCACCCUCGCUCAGCCGGAAAGUAUCCGCAGUGACCUGGAGAUGUCCGACACUCAGUCGGACGAUAUUGCGGAGCUCACGUCUGAUGACUGUGACUCGCCCCACCCCAAGCGCUGUCAUGCCGCUCCCCCUCCACAGACAACUUGCAGAGCCUUGAACCCCAACGACAGUCUGCACUGUCCCGACAAUGUUAUUCUUUACGUGUGAGAGACUCGCACAGUUGCACAAGCCCAACUGUUUCUGAGCUUUUGACUUGUUAACGCUUUACAUAUUAUUUUGCUGCUUUUUAUAAUUAUUAAAACACCUUACUUGCAUCCACACAACUCAUGGAACUGACUGAUCAUCACUCUUCUCUCCUGUCUGUCUUAUUAUAAGCCUGGACAAGUCCUCUACCUCUUCAGAAAUUCAUACUGUUAUUCACUUGUUGGUGUUUACUUGGUGCAACAACGCCUUGAGCAAAAAAAAAGGUUAAAGAGAUAGUUCACCCAAAAAUGUAAAUGAUUUAAUCUUUUACUCACAUCAUAUAAUUUCAAACACAAAUUAUUUUUUUUCUUUCUUUCAUCAAACACAAAUGGAGAUGUGACACUGGAAAUUCACAUUGCUCUUUUCCAUACCAUGAAAGUAAUGGUGACCAGGGGUUGUCUUGCUUCAUAAAUGACAUAAAUUCAUAUAACUUAAAUGCCAUAUUCCAAGUAUUUUGAACCCAUACAAUAGUUUUGUGUAAUGGACAGAGUGAAAUUGAAGUUGUUAUUCACUGAAAAUAUGUGCUGUUUGGGUAUUCACAUACUUGAAUCUCAUUGUAAUCGAUUAUGAGACACUUAAUAAUAUUUUAAUUUAAGCGUUAUUUUUAGACCUGCAGUAGAAGUGAUAAUUAUAAGUGAAUGAUGAUUUUUUUUUUUGUCUUUCCUUCACACAAAGCUACUGUACACUUGAAAUGUAGUGAAUGAGUAUUAUUAGGGACCUUCUUUAUGGUGCUUUUAUGUUGUUUUUGGAGCUUGGCAGCCCCUGGUCAUCUAUACAAUUUCAUUGUAUGUAAAAGGGCAGCUUUAUCUCUAUUUGUGUUCCACAGAGUAAAGAAAGUCAUACAGGAUUUUGAAAGACAAGAGGGUGAGUAAAUGAUGCCAGACAUUUUGGGUGAAAUGUUCCUUUACAUUUGGUACUAUAAUUUCCACAAUAAUUUCCUUAGAAAGCAAACAAACAAACAUAUAAUGCUACAAAGUAAAAUGUCACCAAGCACAUGUAUAUGUGAGAGGCUUUUGAAUGGUUUAGGGUGACUAACUUCCUUGACACAUUUCAGUAUUGUUUGUAUGUUAGUUUUUCUUUGUUUUGAAUCUGUACGAUUUGGAAAUCGUAUGAUUUGGAAAUCGUAUGAUUUGUUGUAUGCAUGUGAGUGCAUGUUCUGUGCGAAUACAAGCAGAGUAUUGUUUUUGUCGCAUUGGCACAGUUUGCACAGAAGAAAACACUUAAUCUACACAGUGAAUGAGCGAGAGAUCAGUUUAGUCAUCAGUAGAGUAAGGUCAGUGCAAUGGGAGACUGAUCCAAACUUCACUUGUAGACAGAUUCACUUGACUCACUGACUGCCUGCCUUACAAAAAGAGCACAUGCACUCCCUUACAUAGUUUGUGACUCACAACACUGUUGUGCGCUCUUGAGCUGAGAAAAUGGACAUGUGUGUUUGCUAUAUAUUUGUGUAUGUUUACCAGUGUUGUUUCUAUUGAUGGGUAUUAAAUCUUAAAGUAUCAAGGGUGGGAUGGCCAUUAACAUGCAUUUUAUUAUUUGUAUUAUUUUUGGCAUCGAGAUUUGAAUUGUUUUUGCGCAAUGCAAUUUUUUUAUUUUUUACCUGCUAGCUGGAUGGAUGGAGAGAGAAGGGUUGGAUGAAUGGAUGGAUGAGCACUCCUGCACUUUAUCCCACUAUUUAUCAUUGUUCUACAUUGUAGGCUUAUAUUUAUGCACUCCCUCUUUCUUUUAUUUUCAGUCUCACUGGGAUUAUGGAACAUUUGGGCACUGUAGUCUACAGUAUGAUUUUGCUAUUUAAUUUUGGAUGUAAUAGAAUACUAAAAGUUUCAUAAUCUCUACAUGUUACUAUGCUUUCUGAAUCUAUGACGCAACUCUCGUGAUUAUUAAAUUUGGCUGCAGAGAGAAUCCUCGAUUUUUCAUACAGUAUAUGAUGAAUUAGCUUUGUCUUGGAAUCACAAAAGAGGAUUUGUGAUUACCAUCUCUAGCUUUUUUGUUGUUGUGUGAGGAUGCUUUUAUACUUUUAAGGUUUACAAGCAGAUUGUGAAAAGUGCUUGACAAUUUGACUAUGAACUUGUUAUGGUGAAAUGAUUGUUAACAACUAAAUUUAGUUAAAAAUGCAAUAUGCAGACAAGACUAAAGGUGUGUUAAAUCGGUUUUGUACAUCCCUACAAAGAUAAAUGCACUGGCUAUGAGUGUUUAAAACAACAUGAAAAUAAACAUUUCCUCCUUG